AGGUUGCUGAUAGGGAUAGGCGCCCCCACGAGCUCUAUCUCAUCCUCAGAAUAGUCUGUGAGUGAAUAAAUCACUCCACCAUCCUCACAUCGUCAUGUCUCGGUCUCGAGAAUACUCUGAUCUGCCACCCUCUGUGAUUGUAAUACCAGGCCGUGGUCGAGGCCGUGGUGGUGAACUUAGAGGACCUAGUAUCUCGGCACCUGUUCGUGAGACUUCUCCGAUUGCACCACAGAGGGUGGCAGAUCAGAGUAUUCUCGAGACCGAGACAGGACCAUGUGAGGAUGGUAGAGUGAUUUCUUCACUCAUGGACUAUUCUGAGGAUGAGAUAGAUCUCGUGGAGGCACCUAUCCCUAUCAUCAACCUGGACGAGUAUGAGAUGGUUGAAUCCGAGCACGAGACAGAUGCGACUAUGUGGGAGAACUAUCUUAUCCUUCCGGAUAGUUCCGAUUCGACCUUUCCAGGAUUUGGAACCAUUAUUUUUCCGAUAGUGUUGCCAAACGAUGAUGAUGAUCAAAUUGUUCACAGUGAGCCCGUGGUAUCACCAGUGGUGCCAUCUGUCACUUAUCUUUCCCUCCCGGAUUCUCUAUUUACCGCGCUUUGGCGGGAGUACGAUGCUAUCAGACGGGAAGAUACUCCGAGGACUGAUAUGGAGGUGCCUGGGAUUCCAGCACCUGCACAGUGAGAGCCUUACUGCUACACAUGUGGUGAGACUGGUCACAACCCGAGAAUGUGUCAUUUUUAUCGCCCAUACGGGAACUCGGCGACGCGGUACUUAAUUUAUGACGGAAUUGGGUACUACGCCAGUUCGUGUCCAAGAGUCAUAGUUCGGCCUUCGGAGGGAGCGUCUCGGGUACUUACUCCUGUAAUGACUAAUGAAUCCACUUCGACCGU